GAUUGAUUAAUGGUAUGUGAAAGUUUCAAUCGCAGUGGCGUCCUUUUGCUAGAUAAAGUUUUUAAAAACAGUGUGGCAGAAUCCGCACAGGCACCAGAUUAACUUAGUAAGAUUGCAAUAUGGCAGGUGUUUUAAUUGCGAGUAUAUUUAUCGGAUUUAUACAUUCAGCAUCUACACAGGGAUCAUAUUUCGAUAGCGAUCAUUAUUACUAUCGUGGCUAUGUGGAUGCUAUUGCGAUUGGCGCUAUAGCCCUCUCAUUCAGCAGUCUCAGUUUGAUUUGCAUCUUUGUGGGUCUGAUCUGCAUCUGUGCCAAGAAAUGUUGUCGACAGCCUCCACCAGCAGCUCCUAGUGUGGCUUUUGUUAAUGCUGUGCCUGGUGUUAUGCAGUAUGGACAGCCACUUACGCAUGACCAUCCAAUGAUGCAUAAUCAACCCGCUAUGCAUUGUCAACCACCCAUGUAUAGUCAACGACAGUAGAAGUUCAACAACAGACGUGCCACAUCACUCAUCGUUUUUACUAGUUUGAUCUGCAUUGGGGGCACCAUUGGUAUUCAGUUAUGGAAUGGAUUGCUUGACAUCUUCUGUGAUAAAUUAAAAUGUGUCCAGGAAACUAAGCUAAUUUCAGCAUUUGUUAAUGGAAUUUAGUUAGCAAACAACGUUUUCGUGGUAGACGAAUAAUUAAAUAACUACGUUUAUUAUAUCGAUGUUAAAACAUGUGAAAACUGAAUUUUUCUUGAAACAAUAGCUUUGGCGUAUGCUCCUUAAUAUUGUUUCUACGUUCCUGUUAUCUGUAUGUCAGCAAUAAAGGGCAUUCGUCUGUGCUGUAAAGUGACCGAUUUAAUCACUUUAGUCAGUUAUUUCUGUCCGUAUGUCAGGAAUGUCAUUGAACAGCUCACAAAGAGAACAUCACACCUUUUUAAAUUGUAAGGUUCACGAUCCUCUUGGAUAAGGUUAUCUGUCCCAACCCAGAUAAUUGUUUACUUACGUCAUUUUUUCAAUAAAACUUUGUGUCAACAAGAAAGUGUCGUGUGAUAGUAUGGAUAAAAAUGUACUAGUUAUUCGGAUAAUGCACAUCACAAUAAGUGUACAAUACCAUUAUAUAUCGUUUAACAUAUCUACAUUGUCAACCAUGACAUUUGAUAAAUGUAUCAAAACCAUAUUUUUCAUGUUCUGGCAUUUUGAUGUAAUUAAAUUUCACACAAUAUCAGUGCUAAUACACGUCUGACUGAGCUCAAAACAAGAUAUUAAUUUAAAAAUAUGUAUUACAGCUCGAUAGCAUCGAAAGCUUAAAGAUAAUUUUACACACUCUCGAGUCCGUUUCCCGGGUCUAGAACCAGUUCUUGUUUUCUUUAAGAGAGAUUUAAAGAACGCUCACAUUUUGGGGUUUGAACACAGAACCUCCCGAUCGCUAGGCGGACACCGUAUCAAUUAUGCAACGGCGACCUGUGAAUAUAUUUUUUAUUGAAUUCAACUGUUUUUAGAUAUAUUGUGGUAUAUUAAAAACCAGUUCACGUGUG